AUAGCGGCUACGCAGACGAGCGACAGCACCGAGACCGUAGAGAGGCACUUCGGUUCAAGUCAUGGAGACAUUAUACAAUAUUCCGUUUGCGUUGCUGGAAUGCCCCAAUGUCAAGCUGAAGAAGCCGCCGUGGCUGCGCAUGCCGUCGGCCAUGACUGUGUACGCGGUGGUUAUGGUGUCCUACUUUCUCAUCACCGGAGGCAUCAUCUACGAUGUUAUUGUAGAGCCACCUAGUGUGGGUUCAAUGACUGAUGAGCACGGACACCAGCGACCAGUGGCCUUUCUGGCGUACAGAGUAAAUGGACAGUACAUCAUGGAGGGGCUGGCUUCCAGUUUCCUGUUCACGAUGGGCGGCAUGGGCUUCAUCAUCCUGGACCGCUCCAAUGCACCAAACAUUCCCAAACUCAACCGCUUCCUUUUGCUCUUCAUCGGUUUUGUCAGCGUUCUCCUCAGCUUCUUCAUGGCCAGAGUGUUCAUGCGCAUGAAGCUGCCAGGAUACCUCAUGAGCUAAAGACAAAAGAAGCUGACUGCGAAUGAUUUGGAACGACAGAGGACAUCAACGCAUGGGUGCCAAACUAAAAUACGGAUAAACGCAACCGUUUCAACAAUCAACCAGAGGACUGAAAGCUGACCGUGCCCAAGAAAUUAGACGUGGCUGCACUGACUGUCUCGCUCUGUCUCAUUGGUAUUCUUUGAAUUUCUUCUUUCACCGUCUCCAAAUUUCCAAAACAAACUGAAAUGUCGGAGGAUCCCAGAAUACUUUCUACAAAUUUGAAUUUACAAAAAAAAAGCUAAAACCAGAGGAAGUUACUGAACACUGUUGGCAUGGAGCCACUGGGUUUGAAUCGGGAUUAGCACUAUAUGAAUCAUUUAAAUGGCAGUCUACACAAUGAUUAUGUUCUACAUUUUUGUAAAGAAAUCAUUAAAAAAAGCCUUUGACUUGU